CAUGAUAAUUUAGUAGUUUUUGUCCGCAAUUGUUCUAGACUGGUUCCCUGCGAACUUCGAAAAAAUGGGAACCAAUAUUUAAUGGGAACCAAUAUUGGACAGGGAACCAGAUUAGUUGUUCGCCCGGUGCUAAUAUAAACAAAGAUCGGUGAACAGCAUCAUGGCCAGCAGGCAUCGAGAGCACCUGACCGGGUACCUAGGUUCACACAAAGCUGGCAAAGCAGGUAGCAGUACAUCUUCCGAAUCCAAGCAAACAACUAGUGCAGAACCAAAAUCUGGUAAAAGUCAAGCUAAAGAUGUGCCAGUGAUGUUCAGCUCCAAUGUGAGAUCUCGUGCCUCCUACCUGUCUUCAAGAAAGCAGCCAGUUGUGAAGAUAACAGGAAAAGCAUCAAUUAACCAUUUACCAGAUGAAUUACUGCUGAAAAUAUUUAGUUAUCUUGAUGCUGGGGACCUUUUGAUGGCAGCUAGAGUCUGUAAGAGGUGGCUCCCUGUGGCAAAAGACAGUGUGCUAUGGGACAAGAUCUUUGCCAGAUACUGUGGACCACAAGCAGCUUCAUCUAGGGAGGUAGAUGAGGUAGGCCAGAGAAAUCCUGCUGCCCUCAGCAAAAAUUUCUAUAUCAGAAGUAUAUCAAGCAGCAGGAAUAAGAAAGCUUUGAGAUUGCUAAAAAAGAUGAGUCCUUUCACUGGACUGCCUAGAGAUACAGACAAAGCUUUGAAGUCAGCAGGUGUAUAUUUCCAGCUUACACUGAUUGACCAUUAUCAGAAUGAGCAUGUCCUAAACAGCAAGGAAGUAUUUUAUCAUCAGAUGUCUGCAACAGCUAGAUGGUAUGACCUUGAAGUACCAAAAAUUAAAACUAUCAAAGAAGUACAGAUCCAUGCUAUCAACCCUUUAUUCUUUAAUAACAAUGGGACAGCUGUGUCUAACAGUCCAUAUCAGAGAUCAUUACUGAUGAGUCAUCGUUUAGACUGGAAGAAAUUAAUACAGACGAACAAACCAACAGGAAGUGAUGACUUGGUUCAUUUGUAUUCUCUACCUGAUGGUCUAAUGGUUGGCAUUUGGAAGGGUGAUGGAGAACUGGCUUUUGUUUCUGCAGGCUUACAUUGUAACCAGCUUGUAAAGAGAUGCUUGCUGGGUUCAUCAGAAAUACCAUUUGACAUUGACAGCCACAAGGUGAUACCAGAUGAUAUAGACUCUUCGUAUGGCCUACAUGAUUACCAGUGUACGGUUGAAAUAAGAACCCUGAGAAACUCAAUCUGGAGUCAGCAGUUCACAUGCCUGUCCUGCAAGAAAGAAAACAUAGGAACAGGGUUUGCAGUGUUUCCAUUGAUACGUAAAGACUACCACAGUGAUCAUGUCAUUCUUCAGAAGAAAUUACAAUUUCCAUGGAAAACAGAUGCUUUUAGAGGAAUCAUAGAGAAUGUUGCUUGGAUUGAUGUUACUGUGCUAGAUGAAAGGAAUGAACCAUUUUGGUGCAUAAGUUCAUUGACAAAAGUGGCGGAACAAAGUUUACAGAAAAAUUUUGACUUCGACUAUUCAAGCGAAGAUGCCUAUACAAUGUCCUUCAUGGAUGAAAGGGGAAAAAUAGAAGCCCAGAUGAGCAAGACAGAUGAUGGCAACUUCUUUAUGACAAUAUUAAACUUGAAACUCAGUUUAGAUGCAAUAAACACUUGGUUUGGAACCAAGUACAGCUGACAAACACAUUGGUGAAGAACUAAAGUGUUUUCGUAGUUCAUUUAAGAAAUAUUUAUUGAACAUUAUCAAACAUUAUCAAAAUUAUGCUUAACAGAACUUGAAGCCUCCUUAUGAUACAAUGGCAAUAUCUUUCGAUAAUUGGAAAUAAAGUUCUAUUUUGCCAAUAAAAGAUUCUGCAGUGUGCAAUUUUCAUAGCACUUAUUGAUUAAAAGUACACAGAAAUAAAA